AGCACUUAGAGAAAUUUCAGAUACUCAAUCGGUUGCAGUUGAAUAAAUAUUGCCCCUGGAAUAAUCACUGUGUUAAUGUAUCAGCAGAUUGGGGAAAUAUGUGUUCAUUUACUCGAAAAUAAUGAGUUUGUGUUGUCCUUGACUAUUUAAGAUGGAAAGAAAACUAUUUGUUAGAGUUGAAACAAUGUCGUCUUAGGAAGGCCAGCUGGUGCAAACGCAGUUAUCAGUGAAAAAAUACCGAGACUCGAUAGUCUCUCUACAGUCGGAUUUAAACUACCACAGUGUGUGCGAGUGUAGCUGGUUUAUAAACAAACUUAUGUGUCAUACGUUGGACUGUUAUAGUAUUUCAAGCCUGAAGGGGAGUUUAGAUUUUUGGUGUAUAAGUUAUGUAUGGAGUGAUUGUGGUAGCUGCAAAUAGCUAGCAAUAAAACACUGUAAAGGCCACUGGAUACAUUAUUCUCUGUUUAAUCCUCUGUUUAAAGCUGUAUUUAAUCCGCUGGAAUUGCUAUUUUACACCAGCUAGAUUACAUUAAUCCAAGAGCAAUACGAAUAACUACCACUACUGGACGGAUAUUUUUUGUUUUCAUAUGAAGCAAGUGAGAUGUGAUCGUGUAUUAAAGGUCUUAGAUAUUGAAGUAUAAGCGGUUUCUAUGGAUUCGCAUUGAUAUUAGAUGGCAAAGAGAAAGCAAGAGUGAGUGAAAGUGAAAAAACAGAUCAUAAUUCUAGUACCUCAACCAGUAUGGAUUUGUACCUCUGGAUUUAUAUAUUACCAUACAUGAUCCAUGUUGUUUUAGGUUCCGAGUGUUAUUUCCCGGUGGAGUGGCGGGGUCAGUGGCAUGAGGGCAGACGGACGGACAUAUCCAUUAACAGUAUGACUCACAAGGGCACCUGCAUACAGCGAGAGGGGAACAAGUUCUUCAUGCUUAACAAGGAUUCCAACAACAGAAAGUGUUUCAUCUGUCUCGUCUUCACCCAGUGGCAUCCAAACCUGCUGCAGUAUAAAGCCAGUCGCUGUUGGUAUGACGAAUCAUUUUCGGACGUCUGUGGGUUGAUCAACGGUGAUGCCCCCUUACACACUUUGGUCAAAGCUCCGAGUUCUCCCCAGCCGUGCCCAUUCCAGGGGUCCUACACGUUUUCCUACACAAACGGUACCAUGUCAACACUCCAGUGCGACUCACCACUCUCGGAGGUGCACGCAUGCGCAGACGAGUCGAAAUUCAAAUUUGUGUACAGACGAUGUCAUGGCAUUCCUGGAACAUACGAAAGAGUACUGGACUUCCAAUGUCUCGCCACCUGGGAAAACGGAGAGAAGUACUUGUAUGGCAGCUUCUCGGAGUCCUGGAUGAAAUAUGCGGACGACUACCAGUAUAGAUGCUUUAUGCACAGUUUUUACGGGACACACGGAGACAUGUCGAUGUCGGCCGAUUCCACGUGUCAAGGGCUACAGAGCCCCACCCUCGGGGUCAUUUCCAUGAAGUUCACAAAAGAUAUGAACCAACCACGUGGUUCAUGCCGGUUCCCGGAUGUUCUCGUAAACAGGAACAAGUGGCGAGACUUGAGCGGGAAGUGGAUUCUCGAAGUCGAGGCUGGUCUGCAAGUUUUGCGCCUUAAGGAUAGGUUAUCGUCUGAUAAAGUUCAUUAUGAAGAUGGGCCUUUUGGGAUUGAUACGUCAUUGACAAAGCUCGUGAUUAAGUGCGUGGAAAAUACGUAUCAAGCGCAGACGAAAAUAGCAGAUGUUCUUCAAACUGACUACGUCACCUACGUAACAGACGAUGACUGUGAGUCAGGAUACCAGUGUGUUAGACUUAUCAAGAGGGAUGAAAACAUUCUGGAAAUGUAUCUAGGCGAUCGUUUGAAUGGCACCUCAACGUCGUGUUCCGAAAACAAUUUCGACGAGGCCACAAAGCACUUGCUUAUCCCUGACGCGAAUGACGCGGGUCAGUGCAGCAUCACCCGGAAGGGUAUAUACAACUAUCAGGACAAGGCGUCCAUGUGCACAGGCACCGUGGAUAUUGGUUGCUCCACACCUAAUAGGAUCACCAUAGAAACACGCUGCUCCGACCCACACCAGCUCUCGGCCAGGCACACAGAGAAAGUUGAAAUUCUGCACUGUCUGCAUAGUUGGACAACGGGCGCCAGAACGUUUAUCAUUAUUCAGAAUGAAGGUCAAACGGCAAAAUGUUUGACAUUCAUUGACACAGAAAUAGGGGUGGAGCUUCAGUCAGACGAUAGCUGUCAAUCAGAUCGAUGGACUGUCACAAAUCAAUACCUAAACUAUGUUCUUUAUACUCCACCAGAAUCUUGUGAAGGGAGCGAAAUACAAGCGGAUCAAGAUACAAUAAACAGUAGAACUGAGGUAGAAAAACAUAGUGACACCAUAUCAGGGACCUGUCAUUUCUCGUGUUUCCUUCCAACGAUAUUCACUUCCUUCGUGCUAUUUCUGUUAUCCCGAGUGAGGUGAGAUGCCCGAAAGCAUUCCAGACAUACUUUCAAAUCAUUGUUCAUCCAUUUACACAAUAAGUUUCACCGGAACGCACAGACACCUGGAAACCGCACUGCAUCCUAGGACAGUUGUUCACAUGAUACAUGUCUAAAAAGAGAUAAAGUUAACAUUUCGAUAUGGCAGAACAGAAAGGCAACAUGGGAUGGAAAAGUCAGUGACACUUUUAAUUCGCGUACAAGUGGAUACCUGAUAGCAACUCCAUUAUAUACACCACGCGGUGUUUGUUCUAGUCAUUUCAGAAAGGAUAAUGUUUGUGAAUGCUAUGUGUGGUAAAUACUCGCUUUUGGACAUUAUGAUAUUUCAAGGUAAAUUAUUGCAUAAUAUUUCGAAUCGACGAGGCCAUAACUUGUUUGUCUUAAUCAUUUCAAUACAUGUACAUGUACACAUGUGCUGGAGUUGUUCAGCAUUCUUGUAGUAUACAUCACAUGUCUAAUAACGUCAUUAUGAAUUUGUAUAGCCGUAGUCAGCCAUAUUUACUUGCCUAAAGAUUUAGUCAUUGCGAUUGAAAGAGGCAAGAUUCUUGCCUUACAGAAUUGGUGUUCAUUAUCGAAGCAAAAUUUCCUUUUAACAUACUUAUUCGUAGCAUGAUUCAAUCUCUCUGCUUUUCUAUUGAGCUUUAUAACUAUUAAGAUAUAUGUUGUUUUUUUUUCUGUAGGGAUUUCAUUGUUUAUGAUUACAAUGCAAAUGAUAUUACAUUUCAUAAACAAAUCAUUAAUACUGAAGGCGACCGUAUUGUAAAAUAUUGAAUUAUUGUUGUGUUUUGGAUGUAACAUGCUCAUGAAGUUUACUAUGUGUCAUGUAUAUUGAAAAUGUAACGGUGCAAGCGCUUCAUUGAAACAAUAAAUACUAUGGUUCAGCAAAAAUAUGUAAGCAUGUAAUUGUUGACAAAUUGGACUGAGUCAUUUUUCGUAACUGCAUAAUGUUGAACGCGUUUUAAUUGUAUGUAUAGAAAAUGAUAAUGGAGGUAGUAAUUUUAAUCUUACCGAACAUAUAACUUAGUAAUAAUACACGAGUGUAAGGAUACCAUUAAUAAAUUAUAGUGAUUAUUAAAUAAAAAAGUCAUUUUUGUCGGAAUUCAUAAGGAGGCGGUAGUGCUGCAUUGAUAAAAAAUGUAAUUAUUAUAAUAUAUUAUUAAUAAUAUUAUUAUAUUAUUAUAAUAUUACAAUAUAUUGAAAUAGUUUCGCAUAGUCGUGUAUUUUAAGACCUUUUCACAAAUUGAUAUUGUACCAACAAUAAAGUUUUUUUUUAGAUAUUAAAUAACAACAACAUACUUGCAUCUAUUGUUAAAUGGUAUUACGGAGAACAGGGUAUAGAAUCUGUAAACCAAAUUUAAGUGUUGUAUUCAAUUUAAGAUGUAAAGCUAUGUGCUUUUGGUAUAUUUUGCACUUGCAGUUUUCUUUCCGAGUAUGAUUUCUUUUCGUUUUUACGAAUUUUUUUUCGAACUAGGAAUUUCAAUUUUAAUUGAUGAAAGUUUUUGUAUUUAAUAUUUUUAAAGUUUGAUAUUUUAGAAGAAAAAAGAAAUACAAUUUCAUAGCAUAAAUUAAUUAACUCCAUUCACUUUAUAUCACGAAAUCGCAGAACUUUUUAGCGGUAACAUACUUUUGUGAGUUAUUGAGUGGUUUAAACUGUUUGCAUGAUUCUAUUUCCUAAUUUUUCCCUUUUUCAAAAUACAAAUUGUUGUAUUAUCUUAUGCUUUGUUUGAUUAUCAUAUAGUUUUGUGUUCAAAACAUAUCGCCUAUAAUUGUAUAAUAUGUUGCUAAUUGGUUAAAAAUUGGUUGAAAGUUGUUUGUGUCCUAACAAUAGCAAGAUGUAUUUUUAGCAUGAUGGUCAAUUCUUUAGUCCUUAAUUUAUUAUUUAAAACACUCAUAAACAUAAAAUUGUAAUAUUUAUCAAAACAUAAAAUCUUUUUCUAUGUAUAUAGUUAUACAUGUAUGAAUACUCAAACAAAAUAUAUUGUAUUGUAUUAGACCACAAAAAUAGUUUCAAGAUAGUGGUAAUUUAUAACAUACAUGCUCUUUGUUUACUUACACCAUGAAAUAACUAUGUUUUGACAUGCUGCAAUGUUUGUGUUAGAGUAUGCUUGAAUCAUUACGUUGUUAUCGUUCAAUAUUUAACACAAUUUAACUGUGAUAUUUUUGUAAUAAAUAAUUAAAAUAUUUUUAUAAAGAUGAA